AUAAGUCUUGCAUUUUUCUAACACCAAGGGCGGCUUCCAUUUUAUAUUCACAAGCUUCUUUUGUCCUAUUGCUUGCUCUCUUCCAUUAUAUAACUAGCUCAUCUCAAACCCCUUCUCUUCCCCCCUUCACUUUUAGUUCUUGAGAUAAGCUAAGAGGGGUAAUUAAAGAUGAUCAAGUUAAGGUCAAAGAGGUUUUGCAGAGGAAGUUUCAAGCAUGGUGGUAAAGGAAGUGACAAAGCAGGGACUUGUGGAGGCCUAAGUGAAAUCAAAUGGGAGCUUAGGCCUGGAGGCAUGCUUGUUCAAAAAAGAGAAAGUGAAGAUAGUGUUGGAGAGUUGAUUACAGUUAGAGUCUCAACUCUUUCUCAAUAUCAUGACAUUUCCAUUGAAGCAACUUCAACUUUUGGGGAAUUGAAGAUGGUAUUGUCAUUGGUAAGUGGGUUGGAGCCAAGAGAGCAGAGGCUAUUGUUCAAAGGAAAAGAGAGAGAAGACAAUGAAUACUUACACAUGGUAGGUGUUAGGGACAAGGACAAGGUGUUCUUGUUAGAAGAUCCAGCAAUCAAGGAGAGGAAACUUCAUGGCUUAGCAGGUGGAACUCCUUGUUGCACUAUAAGCGUAUAAUACUGAUUGAUUAAUUAAAAGAAUCUAUUAAUUAGUGUCCUUUUAUUACUAACCACCCAAAAAAAAUUGCCCUCAAAUGGUGAUGGGUUUAUCUUAGCUUGGCUAGAUGAGGGACUUAAAUUGUAUUAUUAUUAUUAUUAUUAUUAUUAUUAUUAUUAUUAUUA